AUGUCGACCUCUGGGCCUUCAACGGAGACGGCGACCACAAUCCCUGUGCCUCCUUCCCUCACCAGCUCUACCUCCUCGUUACCACCCGCGACCUCCCAAGCUCUCAUUCAGCACCUCCGCCAAACUGGCGCAAUCCCCGAUCUCAGCUCCCUUCUCGCAGACAGUCUUGCCCGGACUGGCUGGACAGACCGCGUCCGCGCCCUCGCGCUCGAGUUACUCAGGAAUGGCAUGUGCGAUACUUUCCCGGAGUUGAUGACAGAAGUCAUGCGACGGGCCAAGAUGCCCAAAGAUAGCAAGAACCCAAUUGUGGAGAAGGAGAGUAAAGAUGCGAAGACGAAUGGUACAAGCACGCCUACGACCGCUACAAAAACGACAGGGCCUGGACCAGGAGGCGCGGCGACAGCGACAACAUUGAAUGGAGGCGGCGUGAACAGCAACAAUGCCAUUGCGCUUUCCAAAGAAUGGUCCGGCGGGCCGGAUGGAUUACCAGACGUUAGGAUUCCGGAAGUCACCGUUGAGCUAGGAGUGGAAUUUUUGAAAGAGAAGAUCAAGGACGUUGUCGAGCCCGUCGAGGAUGACAGUGACUAG